ACUGCACAGAGUUUCGCAGUACUUCGUGUCUCCCAUGUGACACUAGCACUUACAUGGACGAAACCCACAGGGAGGACUGAGUGUCUGCGCUGUCGGAUCUGUGCUUCAGGGUCUGGUCUGAGAGUGAAGGCUCCGUGCUCCUCCACCGCCAACACUGUGUGCGAGCCUGAAGAGGGACACUUCUGUGUGGGGCCUUUAGAUGACGGCAGCUGUGAGGCCUCUCAGAGACACAAGCCCUGUCAGCCCGGAUACUACAUUAAACAGCCAGGCAGUGCCUCUGCAGACACUGAGUGCUCCCCAUGUCCUCAGGACACUUUCUCAGAUGGGACUGUGUCAGCCUGUCAGCCACACACACAGUGUGAAGAGAAGGACAAAGUCACAGAGAAAGAAGGAACCCCACAGUCUGAUACUGAAUGUGCAGAAAGACCCCAGACACCAAUCACUGAGAUCAGUGUCGGUGUCGUAAUUGGAAUCAUUGUCUUGGUUGCUGCUGUUGCUGUUCCUGUUGUAGUGAUCAAGAUAAAAAAGAAGACAUCCUAUGCAAUUUAAAAUAACAGCUGAUCGCUUUACUUUGAUCGGACUAUAUUAUGUAUAUUUUGGGGCAACAGUGGCUCAGUGGUUAGAGUGUUGGUCUCCCAACCCGAAAGUUGGAGGAUCAAGUCCUGCUCAGACCAAGUUCUGUUGUUGUGUCCUUAGGCAAGACACUUCACCCACAGUAUUGCUUAGUAUGAAAGUGGUGUGUGCGCAAAUGAUAGGUGG